CUAUAUUUCUUUGAUGAAAAUGCAGUGACGUUAGGGAGGUAUACCUGCUAGUGUGGUACUUUCAAAAGUAUGGUUGGUCAAGAAGCGCAUGAGGUGAGAGCACGAACUAAUAUACAAGUCCAUGGUGAGAGGACGCAGAGUGUGAGGCUAGAGAGAGCAGGUGUUACGUGCCAGUGCAAGGUAUGAGCUAGAGCUCCACAGGGGAAGGCACGAUGCGGACGCACUGGCCUAACGGCCCUCCUCCCCAGCUGAGUGUACCAACUGGAGAACGCAGGAGGGAGCAGGACCUGACCUCAGCCUCAGAGCUGCACGUGCACACAGAUUACACAUAUAAACAAAAGGGCAUCGUGAUUUCUUGUACUUUUCUUUCAAACAAUCACAAAAUAGGCAGGUGCUUUUUUAACAUUCGACUUAGCCCGAGAAGACCCGCAGAGUGAUGUAUGUCAUCAGGAGACAGCAGGCUCAAUAAAUAUGCAUCCACGGGAGUGUUUUCUGUCAUAACCACAUCGUAGUCCUAACGCACACUUGGCGAAAUGAGCAAGUUCGUCUGGUUUGUGUUCGGUGUGCUGACCACUGUGGUGUACCUGACGCUGGGCCAGACACAGGUAUGCCAAGCUCCUUUCGGCCAUUUUCCCAGCAACCUUAACGACGGUUGCACAACUUUCUACUGGUGCUGGAAUGGUCGUGCGCACCUGAGGCAGUGUCCACCUGGACUCUCCUUUGACGUCAACACUCUGGGGUGCGUCAGUCAGCAACAAGUGGCGUGUGUCAACAACAACCAGGCAGCAGCUCCGCAGGGAAUAAACGUCAAUCCGGGAUCACCGGACAGACCCAACAGCCGACCAUCAACCAGGUACAAGUGCAGGCAUCCAAUCAGGUCCUGUGCCCAACAAUCCGGCAGCUGCAGUCCGUCCAUUCAAACGGUCAGCCUGUUAACCCUCCACCAGCCAAUGUCCCACAGUUUCCACUCAACGCUGGACUCGCCUUUCCCGGUGCUGGUGUUAAUGCUGGGGAGCUGCAGGUGGAUCACUGGUGCUGGGACAGCUGUCGGCCUAGAGGAGCUGCAGGUGCAGAAGCUAGUGCUACUGGAUGGCAGGUGCAGGUGCACGAGGACUGGGCGCCACUGGUGAUGCUGCCGUAUCAGCUGGCUCUGUCUCUCGGGCCGGAACAGCAGCUGUGAUUGGUGCCGGAAUUAAUUCCCCUGGUGUUGUCGCGGGAGCUGGCGUCAGGGCAGCUGCAGGGACAGGCGUCAACACAGGUGCAGGUUCAGCCGCUGUUGCAGGUGCCAGGAAUGUAAAUCAGCCAUUUGAGGGCGUGCUCUUGAACGUCCCUGGAAAUGUGCCCUUGCAACCUGUUCCUGGAAACAGCUGGGGUCAAGGUUUGUUGGAGGUCAAGCAUCCUAGGAGAUGUAGGUGGAGAUGAGUUCCCUGGUAAUCAAGUUCAAGGCCAAGGACAAGCUCCAGGAAGCGAAGCUGCAGCUGUACCAGCUGUGGUGGCCAACCAACACCAGUCUGCAACUAUUAAUCAAGCACAGACAGUGGGUGUGGGCUCUGGGAAAUAAAACCCACAGUCAGUGGCAGUGAGACGGGGAGAGAAGAUGCAAAGGUGUCUUCACAUUACACUGCUGUUGUUACACUCAGUUACUUCCUUAUACUGCUGUUGCUACACUCAACUUCCCUACACUAUUCUUAUAUUUUACUUCCUCAAGGUGUGUUGAUGACAAAGAGGGCAGCUGCAAGUUUGCCGUGGAAGUAUCUCUAAAACCAAGUCUACAGUUAAAACUAUUUUUGCACGAUGCUAAAAAUAAGAUUGUGAGAAAUUCGCUAAACUGCGACCUCAGGACUUUAGGUUAGACACGUGAACACCUGGGAGAUGGACUUGAUUGAUAUGCCCCCUUUGUCAGUCACCACAAGACGAUGGAUUACACCUGUUACAUUGCCACCUUUCACAAGCUUUGCCACUAGAAUGUCUGCCAGUUGACAACAGAACCCAACCAUCAUACUCUACAGUGUGUUGUUACAAUGUUACACACCUUAACAACCUUGCUAGAUGUCUCUAUUACUGUUGUACACCUUGCAAGCAAUUUCUUGUAUGCACUUAUGGACAUUAGAAUGAUUGCACCCCAUGACUCUCUUUGUCAUUUCAAACGGUCAUCUGAGACAAUAACUGGAAAUAUUUGGUUUGACUGUAAUAGGCUAACUGUUGUAGUGACUAUGAUAUACUAUACCAGUGAUGCGCAACCUUUUUCGGCCUGCGGGCCAUACACAUUUCCGACAUGCGUGUCACGGGCCACUUCACCGCAAAAAUACACAAAAAAAGAAGAAAAAAAAUAGAGCAGAUACCAUUUUUAUUAGAAAC